CGACAAUAUUCUAUUUAUUGCAACGAACUCUAUAUGCGAGUGGUUUCGUUUGGUAGAUGUACCGGCGGUAUUUAAAUGAAGUGUCAAGUUGCUGGAAUUAGUUCUUGUCAUCGCUUAGUUGUAGCGAGGUGAAUAGAUAGCACAAUGUCACGUAUCUGCCUAUUUGCACUUUUCCUCAUUCUCAGCAUUAUUGUACGAUUCGGUGAUUGCGAAAAUAACGCCAUUAAUGAAGAUGAUAACACAAAUACAGACUGCGUAAAGAAUGCACCUGGGUCCGACGAAACUCAUCUAACACCUAUUGAAAAAAUACUAAAAGACUUAAAAUUGCCUAUAGAUUCUAUCAAUGAGAGAAAGCAUACCAAUGGCCCUAUUUUACCAGGAACACUCUGGUGUGGUGAUGGAGAUCGCGCCAAAAAUGAUAACGACCUCGGCCAUUUCAAUGGUACAGAUGCCUGUUGCAGGGCGCACGAUUUGUGUCGGAACGAUAUCUUGGCUGGUGACACAAAAGUCAAUCUCAAGAAUAAUGGUAUCUUCACGAGAUCAGCUUGCACUUGCGAUGCUGAGUUCUACAACUGCCUGAAGAAUGUUAACAGCCUAAUUGCUAAAAAUAUCGGAAAGACAUAUUUCAAUAUAUUGCAACCACAAUGCUUCAUAUGUGUGUGCCCGACAGAUGAUUGCAACCCACGAGAGGAGGCAGAAUGUAAUAAUCAAUGUGAUAAGUAUCAAUGGGUUGACAAUGCCAAGUUUUAAUUAAUCAUAAAACAGGCGAUUUGAAGUUGGCAAAGUAAAUAAAAAAGAAAUUCUUAUAUCCUAUAUAUUAACCGCAUGUAAGAUUUUAAAGAAUGUAAUCACGCUUUUACUCUUGACAUAUAGUCAUAUAACAGUUCGUAUUUUAAUCGUUAUUUUAAUCAUUAUUUAAAACUGGUUAAAAUUAAAACUGAUUAAAACUGAUAUUCAUUUAAAGAAUUAUAAAUUUUUGAAAAUAUAAUAUACAAUGGUAAUAGAUUUCAUACAUAAAAAAAUCUCUUAAAAGGAAAACUUGCGACUGUUUUAUAUUAUAUUUUCAAAAAUUUAUAAUUUUUUAAAUAAAUAUCAGUUUUAAUCUUAAUCAGUUUUAAAUAACGAUUAAAAUUAACAAACAAAAGUUGAUUAAUCUAAUUUGUUUGAGAGGCUAUUACUGUGCACGCUUUACUUUAGAUUUAUGUUGUACGAUAUAGUACAGUAGUAUAGCGUAUAUUACACAAAUAUAUAAUAUGCACAAAUAUAUAAUGUGAAUGCAACAGAA